AUGGAAGUAUCGUUAACCGUAGUAGAGGAGAAUGUAGGGGAGUCAAUUCCUCCUAUGACGGCUCAUGCCGUAAGUGUGUCAUUACCAACGUGGCGGGCGAACGUGGGUUACGAGGAGGGUCAAGAUUGGGUCGUCAGCAGGAUGCAGACUGGCUAUCCCAGGUUCUUUAUACACAAAUCCAUCGCUCGAUUUGCCGCCGCGGUGGCUGAGAAAUAUGGCUUGCCAGGGGAAGAAGCUAUGCUUUUCCCAUCUCAUGCUGUAGCUGCACGCUGCGUUUCUUUCCUCCAUGACCAAGCGCCGGAACUGGGACCAAACUACGUUCGGGUCGUAGACCUAGUACCAGAUCACGAGAAGGCAGCGGCGGAAGGUGUCCGCAAAGUGUCACCGAAAAUAUCUGCGGUCAUGUUUCCGAAAGAGAGCUUCAAAAUCGCGAAGACGUUCUGGCAGCACUCGGGCGAUGGCGUCUCCAGCCGGCGUGCGGAGUACUGUCACAAAGCAUUCGAGGAUGGUUUGCUGGCGGAAAGGACUAGAUCUGAGGGCAUUCAACGCAUGUGCAAAGGGCCCCGGCGAUACCAGAAGCAAGCGUCUGUUGAUCUGGGUGCGAGGCGGCCUUCGUUAAGCGGCCAUGCAAAUUCGAAUGGCGUAUCGAACGGAACAACCGAGGGGCAGGACCCUACCCAAUUCGUCGAGGAGAGAUUUGGAAGAAACCUGGAUCUGUCCUUUGCUGCGAACGCCAAGCUAGCGGUCAGACGGCGCAUCGCAGGUUCUUUGACUGCCGACGUUGAGCUAACAGAAGCGUUGGAGAUGGCCCAAGAUAUGAAGAGGACACGGGAAGUCGCCGGUUUCUCUGAAGAUGAUGUCUACCUGUAUUCAACAGGGAUGAGCGCGAUUUUCAAUACCCAUAGAUCGAUGCUUAUCGCUCGAGGUCCGCUCAAGAGCAUAAGUUACGGGUUUCCUUACAUCGACACGCUCAAGAUCUUGCAAAAAUUCGGUCCUGGCUGUCUAUUUUACGGCCACGGAUCGUCCGAAGACCUAGACGAUCUAGAGAGACGGCUGGAGAACGGCGAAAGGUACCUCGCGUUCUUCUGCGAGUUCCCCGGCAAUCCUCUGCUCAGGACUCCAGACCUACGACGCAUUCGUGCUUUGGCAGACAAGUACGAUUUUGGUGUCGUAGUCGACGAAACAAUCGGCAAUUUUCUCAACGUCAGCGUGCUGCCCUACGCCGAUGUGAUAGUAAGCAGCUUGACAAAGAUUUUCAGCGGCGCCAGUAAUGUUAUGGGUGGAAGUGCAAUACUCAACCCAAAGAGCCGGUACUACGACCUUUUGAAACAGACAUGGGCCACGGAAUACGAGGACAACCUGUGGCCGGAGGAUGCUAUCUUCCUAGAGCGCAACAGUAGGGAUUUUGUAUCGCGUAUAGAAAGGACCAACGUAAACGCGGAAGCAAUAUGCGAUAUCCUGCGUGCGCAUCCAGCAGUAAAACAAGUCAACUAUCCGAAGUACGGUCCAGGUCGAGAGUUCUAUGACCACUGCCGCACGCCGAACGGCGGAUACGGUGGCUUGCUAUCAGCAACCUUCCACAAGCCUGCCGAUGCGAUCGUUUUUCUCGACAAUCUGGAUACUGCGAAAGGACCUAGUCUUGGGACGAACUUCACUCUGAGCUCCCCAUAUACGAUACUGGCCCACUACACCGAGCUUGAUUGGGCUGCAUCCUUUGGGAUUGAAGCUCAUUUAAUCCGAUUUAGCGUUGGUCUCGAGGAUACGACUGACUUGAUGGCUACUUUUCAAAGAGCGUUGAGUAAGAUUCCCCUCGCCAACGGCUCAUCAUGA